GUCUGUGGAGUCGGACACGGGGUGGUGUUCCUCCGGGACUCGAUCCCAUCCCAUCCGAUCAGUGUUUAUUAUCGGAUCAGACAUCCAGUGCAGUGCGGGUUAUCAUCGGACUCUUCAUCAUCGGACUCUUUAUUAUCGGACUCUUCUGGUUCUCAGCGGAUGAAGAUGAAGCUCAGGGAGCCCGAGUGUGUUUUAUUUCUCAUCCUGCAGAUGGUUUAUUCACGGACCUCACGCGCGUCAUGCCCUCGGCGCAGUUGUCGGGUUUUGAUGCGACAUUAAGGAUUCGUGAUUUUUCUCCCUCACACUCGGCGCUUUCAUCAUAAACAUCACUCAGGAAAUUAACCCUGUUUAUUCUUCACGAGCUCCAGCUGUCCAUGCGGAGAUGACCUUACAGAUGGAGGAACAUCUGCUCCGUCCUGCUCGGAGCGCACACCACACACUCGUCCAUCUGACCUGCCUGUCCUGUAGGAGGGUCUUCAGAUCCUGCUGGAGAUUCUCCAGGAACAGGAGAGCUUUACUCCUCGCCUUCGCCUGCUUGCUCUACCUCUUCUGCGUAGAGUUGUGGAUCAGCCCUGGAGAGCAUGACCGAAACCUGACCAAAAGCAGAAGAUGGAUUUUGGAAAAGAUUCCAGGAUCUCCUUCUCCAACACACUCCAACGUGGUCUACAUCACCCUGAAAUCCAAAAGAUACAAACCUGCCAUCCUGAGAGCAACGGUGCGCUCCAAACCACGCAGGAAGAAGGUGAAGAACCAAGUGAAGAACCAACGCCAAGAUACAACCCACCACCACCACCACGGAGAAGAAACGCUGAGACAUGCAGAAUCUAGAGACCUGUGGAGGCUGGUCCUCCAUUCAUUCUCUAAACCAGGUCAGCUCAUUUAUAAUGAUGUUGCUGAUGAUGAUGAUGGAAACUCCAUCCGGAUCUACAGCCAAAAGUCUCCACCGUGGUUCAGCCAAGCUGAUAUAGAAACCAUGCGCUUCCUGUCCAAGUGCAAAAUCAGACAUGUGGAAGUUCUCGAACCGGAGAACUAUCCUCCCAUGCUCCUGUUUAAGAGCGUGAGUGGGUUUGAUCAGAACCUGGGCCAUGCAGGAGGGUGUGAUGGACAGUGUGGGGUCAUUAAGAGAGCUGAGGACAUGAGUGAAGUCUUUGCUUUCCACCUGGACCGAGUCCUAGGCCUCAAUCGGAGUUUAGUGUCCAUCAGCAGGAGGUUCCAUGCUCUGGAUGGUCAGCUGGGUCUGGUGACCUUGUAUGACCCGUCUGUUGUUCCGGUACCCGAGUCGAGAUCAGGUUCUGUGAGGUGGAGCUGGUAUCAGACGUCGUUACAGUACCGGUGCUGGCAGCGCGGAGUCCCGAGACCCGAGUGGAGCUGCAGCAGCCUCCAUCAUCACGAGUGGAGCAAAGUGGCGCUGUUCGACUUUCUGCUGCAGAAUCACCAGCGGCUCGACAGGAACUGCUGUGGUUUCAGGCCACGCCCACAGGACAGCUGUGUCCGGCUCGGAUAUCACGGACACUGCGCUAAUGCGGAAAAUCUGGAGCUUUCUCACAUCGUCCAUCGCAAGACUGACCCGAGACGCCUCGUCUACAUCAACAACAACGCCUUCUUCGACCGCGGAGAAGAAAACCUGGACUUUAAACUGCUCGAGGGAAUUAAAGAGCUCCCUGACGCAGCUGUGAGUGUGUUGCGUUCUCAGCGUCUCAGACAGAACCUCCUACAGUCCCUGUUUGUGGAUGAACAGUUCUGGGAGAAUCAGGGAGGACGCCGCGGCAUCGAUAAGCUCAUCGACGUCAUCGAGAGCCGCGCGAGAGUCCUACUGCGCUACAUCAACGCUCACGGCAUCAACAUCGUCGCCAUGAACACGUAAACACCCGCGGGAAACGUUAUAAUUAAUAACUAAUUUAUUAAUCUUUUGAAUUCAUGCCCAAAGUUCAUAAUAUGAUGUCAUUCAUUACAUACAGACGUAAACAUCGAUUACAUCAUCA